UUAAUAAACAAUCUGAACUCUGAAGAACUCGUUACGCGCUGCCAACAUUUCUGUUUGUUGUGUAUGUUAAACUUGAAUGUUGUGUACCUUUACAGGUUGGCGGCGCGAGUUUUUAAGUAAUUAAUGAAAUCGUAAAAUUAGUGGAAUUUAAAAUAAAUAAGUUAACUUAAAUCCAUUCGGUGACGGGCAAGUGUCGGGUCGCUGAGCCUAGCCGGCUUGUGCUGAAAACUGAAACGUCCGUAGUGAUGUAAUUAGUUUGCCGGUAAAUCCGAGAACCUGGAUUAUAAACAUUAUAAAUUUAGAUUACAUCCUGUUGAAAGUGCUAUUUACUACAGACAUUAUCACUUUGACGUUCCCUGAAAAAGGUUUCAGUGAGUCUUACAUAGGACUGUUUUUUUUGUAACUAGUGAAAAAAGAAGACAUCAAGAUGAGCUUCAAUAAGAAUAACCCCAACGCAAUGGGGAAGAUCAUGGGAUAUCUCAAGCAGCUUUCCACCGAAAUGGGUGGGAGCGAGCAAGCUCGACGGGGACAGAGCGACGAGGAGCGUCUGUACAAAUCCCGUGGGCCCAAAUACGCGAGAGUCCCUUCCAGACCUACCCUUUCAGCGUCGACAACCUGCACAUCUUUGGCGACAUCUUGUGGAUCUCAGGGUACACUCGCACCCAAUUACGCUACGAUACCCGAGAACGUUUCGACAGAAAGCAGCAGUGAAGACGAACAGGAUUCUUUUGAGAAGACUCGUCGACAUUUCCAACAGUUACGCCAAAUCAGUCUUGGAAACGAGUUCAAGUACAAAAUGGAAAUGGAAAUCAAGAGUGCUAAAAAUGAGAACUUAAAGAACUCCAUUCCUUUUGUUAAACAACUUAGCACAGACAGUAACAAAGUUAAAAGUGAUUAUACAAUCAAUGGGGAUACUCCUCCGUACAGACCUACUACCCAGCGCCUGUUUCUCUGGACUCAGAUAUUGGCUGCUUUUGCAGUUUCGAUGGGGUCACUGAUCGUUGGCUUCUCCUCGGGCUACACUUCGCCAGCCCUUACCAACAUGAACAAAACACUGGAUAUUAAUACUGAAGAGAAAACUUGGGUUGGAGGACUAAUGCCUUUAGCUGCAUUGGUAGGAGGAUUAUCUGGAGGCCCGCUGAUUGAAUAUUUAGGCAGAAGAAUGUCCAUAAGCGGGACAGCUAUUCCCUUUUUCGUGGGAUGGAUGCUUAUUGCAAACGCUUACAAUGUACCUAUGGUGUUUGCUGGAAGAGCGUUAUGUGGAGUCUGCGUGGGCAUCGUAUCUCUUGCAUUCCCGGUUUACCUCGGCGAAACACUACAACCUGAAGUACGAGGCGCUCUAGGAUUACUUCCGACAGCUUUUGGCAACACUGGCAUUCUACUAGCGUAUUUCGUUGGCAGUCAUUUGAAUUGGUCUAAUCUCGCAUUUUUUGGUGCUGCACUUCCGGUACCAUUUUUUUUAUUAAUGUUAUUGACACCAGAAACGCCGUAUUGGUAUGUGUCGAAAGGCCGCGUUGAAGACGCACGUAAAUCUCUUCAAUGGCUUAGAGGCAAAAAUGCGAAUGUGGACAAGGAAAUGCGGGAUCUUACAAGACUUCAAGCAGAUUCUAAUCUAAUGGGUGGUAACGUCGUAGGACAACUAUUUAGCAGAAGAAACAUGCCCGCUUUGCUUAUUGCACUAGGGUUAAUGAUUUUCCAACAAUUCAGUGGUAUUAAUGCAGUUAUAUUUUACGCCGAAUCUAUAUUUGAAAUGUCUGGAAGCAGUAUAGACAAAAAUUUGGCCAGUAUUAUUAUCGGUUUAGUUAAUUUUGUGUCCACCUUUAUUGCAACUGCACUCAUAGAUCGACUGGGACGUAAAAUCCUUUUAUACAUUUCUUCUACGUCCAUGAUCAUAACAUUAAUAGCUUUGGGGGCCUACUGCUAUCUGAAGAUUGCCAAAGUGGAUGUGUCAGCAUAUGGAUGGCUGCCAUUAGCGUGUUUGGUGAUAUAUGUAUUGGGAUUUUCAGUCGGUUUUGGACCUAUUCCUUGGCUAAUGCUUGGAGAGAUUUUACCAGCGAAGAUCCGCGGGACUGCUGCAUCUAUAUCAACUGGGCUAAAUUGGACAUGCGCCUUCAUUGUUACGAAGACAUUCCAUAACCUAAGUGAGGCUAUACAAAUGCAUGGCACGCUAUGGCUCUUUGGUGUAAUUUGUCUUAUUGGACUAUUGUUCGUCAUUUUCUUCGUACCAGAGACGCGCGGAAAAACUUUAGAAGAGAUUGAAUUAAAACUAACCGGAGGUUCGCGCCGAGUCCGAAAUAUAAAAAGCAGUAAACCUUCCCAAAACGGGUGCUAAGAUAACGAGAGAAGCAUUUUGUAAAUACUUUGUACAUUCCAGACUGCAGAGGGUGCUGAUAAAACUGCGUUGCGUAAAAUAUACUUAGUACUUUUUAUAAGAUGUGUUAAGGCAAAACACUGUGACAGUGUAUACACGCAGAAGACUGAUUUGGAUUGUAGCCAUGAAUUCUCUGUAAUCUCUUGUAAAUAUAAAUAAAUAUGUAGUUAGGUUAAUAUAAUUCUCAAGUAACUAGUUCCUUUAUUAAUAUUUAAUGUCAAAUAAAGCAUUCCGCCCAAACCAGGAAGGCUGUGCCCUUAAAUGAUUGUAAGAUUUUUUGCGUUUUGGAAAUUUAGAUUUUGAAGACUGUGGGCCAAUGCCGCAGAAAAAUUUUAUAUUUAGAUCUGAAAAAUUAUGUUAUCAUAAAUUAAGAUUAAAUAGUUACCAUGACAAAAUCUUCAAAUCUUAAAUAGAUUAGAUAUUUAUAACCAAAUGAUUUGUUUUACCGAAUGUUUCGUUAAGUAAUUUUAAUUUGAAAAUUUAAAUUAGUUUAGGGUUUUAUCAAUUUCGUAUAUUACGGAGAUCUAUUUAUUUAAUUUGUUGUUAUAUUU